UCUGUGUGUGUGUGUGUGAGUGUGUGUGUGUGUGUGCGUGCGUGUGUGCGCGUGGACGUAUGUAGUUGCUCUGAAAUACGCUGCGACGUUUCUUGGUCGCGCAUCGGACAAGACUUCAGCGAACAGGUGAAAAGCAGAAGCAGGAGGCCUCCCCGGGCCCCCACCACACCAUGGAGGGUCUCUACUUUGAAGUGAAGCCCAGGAAAGAUGACCCCUCCAGGCCGGGGAUCUCCAAGAAACCCCUUCCUUACAUGACCUCGAACCGCAGCUCAUGUCCAUCACUUCCACAUCUCGCCUCCUACGAACCCAGUUCUGCGAGGAAGAGGAUCGCAUCAUUGGGGGGAAAUGUAAAGGAAGAAGCGGAGGAAGAGGAGGAAGUGCGAUACAAACUGACGAUGAUCGGCUCUCUGCCCGUCCACCACCUGACCACCAUGGCCAUGCUCCCCUGGGUGGUGGCCGAGAUCAGCAAGUCUGCAGAGAAAAGUCCGGGGUCCGGUUCUCGGUCCGGGGGUCAGUGGGGCCCCUCCGCCCACAGUCAGACGGUGUUUCUGUGCGUGUCGGCGUCGCGGGUGUGCUGCGUGGCCGUCCUGGGGGAGGGGGUCGUCUGGGACCCCCUUACGCGCACGGUGCUGUUCCAGUGUCGCCCCCACCAGGUGACGAAGCUGAUUCACAACAGCCAGGAGCCCAGCAGCUUCGGGUUCCUGGUCAGGGACGCACCGGGCUGCUCCUGCUAUGUCUUCCAGAGCCAGGACAGCACCAAGGUUCCUGAGAUCAUCAGUACGUUGAGGCAGGCGGGCAAGAGCUCUGCGCGCAACGACGACAUCGCCCCCAUUUCCAUCAAAACGUCCUCCGGAGGCAGAGACCCAUCUGAGACAUGUCUUUCGUCUCUCUCCGCGGCGACGUCCUCCGCGGCGUCCUCCGCGGCGUCCUCCGCGGCGCUCUCUGCUGUUGUGUCUCCGACAGCCUUUGCCAAAAAGUUUGAGGUGCUGUUUUGCGGCCGCGUGAGUGUCGCUCACAAGAAAGCCCCCCCCGCCCUGAUCGACGAGUGCAUCGAAAAGUUCAGCCGGCUGCAUGGCUCGGGCGCUAGCGACCAAGGGGGUAAUGGCGGUGGGCCGGCGGGGGGGCUGAAGAGGCCGUUGUCCUUUCAAUCCAACGGACUCGGGAGUGGUGACGUUGGUAACGGUGCCGCGGGGAGCCCGACCGCCGGGAAGCGUCCCGUCCUGUUUAAAAGAGACCCCAGCUUCCCCUGUCUGCAGGCCCUGGAUGAGAACGGACUCUCACCUGAGAUCUCUCACACAAACACUACUGAGGCACACGCCCACUCCGCUGGAGUUCAGCCCACCAGCCUGCAGGAGAACAGGACCAUGCUGUUUACGGUGGGCAGGUCUCAGAUCUUCUUGGUCAGUCCAGACACUAAGAAAGUUGCCAUAGAGAAGAGUUUCAGAGAGAUCUCCUUCUGCUCACAGGGUAUCCGUCACGUGGAUCACUUUGGCUUCAUUUGCAGGGAGACGGUGGAAGGAGGAAGCCACUUUGUUUGCUACGUCUUCCAGUGCACGGACGAAUCCCUGGUGGAUGAGAUCAUGCUGACUUUGAAGCAGGCGUUCUCUGUGGCAGCCCUGCAGCAGAACGCGAAGACCCAGAGCCAGCAGUGUGACGGCUGCCCCAUGCAGCAGCUCCACAGACUGUGUGAGAGGAUAGAAGGUCUCCACCCAUCUAAAACCAAGCUGGAGCUUCAGAGACACUUGGCCACUCUGGACAACCAUGAGCAGGCAUCCAUCUUUGAAAACACUAUGAGGGCUCGUCCUAAGAGCGACCAGGAAGAGAAUGAGUUUGUGAUGGCAUCUUUGAGGAAUCUGUAUGAGGAGAGGCAGAGGAGCCAUCAGCACACUCUGCCUGGAGACAGCAAACAGGUGUGUGAGGAGGCAGCUCCAGCCCCGGUGGAUUCCCAGCAGAGUAGCAGUCGGCAGCGACUCGAGCAGUUCAAAAGCCGAGCCAAGCGCUCGCUCACCGAGUCCCUGGAGGGGAUCUGGAAGGGGAGCAGCAAGGCCCGAGCUCAGAGGGACAACAGUGUAGGAAGCGACAGCAGCUCUUCCAUUUGUACGCUGACCAGCAGCCAGGACCAGUCUUCUCUAGAUGACCCAUUGAUCGCCUCCUCCCAGCUGCGACCCACCAGCCCACUCAGGUGCCACAACUCAACAGGGGACCUGAAGCGCCUCGACUCCUCCCUCCCCCUGUCCCCCUCAGCCUCCUCUCCACACGGUGACGCUCAGCCUCAGGGCUUCCGUCGACGGGCCAGCACCUUCAGCCACCCUCCCACCCCGUCCUCAGCAGAGAACUCGCCGCUGCACGCACUGACCCGCACGCCGCAGGACCCCACCGCAGCCAGCAAGCCCAAGCUCGUACGACACUACUCCGUCAGCACCGACACUCCACACCAGAGCAAUGAUGUAGCAGCUCUGUCUCCAACAAGUGCAGCACUUGGCAUAGGGGAAAGCCCUCUGCGCAGCCACCGCCACUCAUGGAGGCAGCAGAUCUUCCUGCGCGUCGCCACACCGCAGAAGAACACCGACACCAACGAGACGGGGGACCCCUGUCUCGGGGGCCAGGUGGUAGUCGGAGGGAGCGGGGACUCGUCCACACGGGCGGUGCCCGAGGAGGGGACGAGACGGAGCAGAGAGGAGCUGAGGGAGCUCUGGAGGAAGGCCAUCCUGCAGCAGAUCCUGCUGCAGAGGAUGGAGAGAGAGAACCAGAAGCUACAGGCCUCAGAGAGCGACCUGCAGAACAAGCGUCUGAAGCUGGACUACGAGGAAAUCACCCCGUGUCUGAAGGAGGUCACUCUGGUCUGGGAGAAGAUGCUGGGAACUCCUGCGAGGGCAAAGGUCAAGUUUGACAAGGAGACCAUCCACGCUGCUGUUGCACAAGGCGUCCCGAGGCAGCACCGGGGCGAGAUCUGGAAGUUUCUGUCCGAACAGUACCUGCUCAGGCAGACGGUCCCGUCCCGCCCGCCCACCAACCCGUCUCCGUACAAAGAGUUGCUGAAGCAGCUGACCUCGCAGCAGCACGCCAUCCUCAUAGAUCUGGGUCGCACUUUUCCCACUCAUCCAUAUUUCCAAGCGCAGCUGGGAGCAGGACAGCUGUCCCUGUAUAACUUACUGAAAGCCUACUCACUGCUGGACCCAGAGGUGGGCUACUGCCAGGGCCUGUCCUUCAUUGCUGGAGUGCUGCUGUUACACAUGGGGGAGGAGGACGCCUUCAACAUGCUCAAAUUUCUCAUGUAUGACGUUGGGCUCCGCAAACAGUACAGGCCUGACAUGAUUAUCCUGCAGAUUCAGAUGUACCAGCUGUCCCGGCUGCUCCACGACUACCACAGGGAUCUUUACAGCCACCUGGAGCAGCAGGAGAUCGGACCCAGCUUGUACGCCACCCCCUGGUUCCUCACCGCCUUCGCCUCGCACUUCCCCCUCGGCUUCGUGGCCAGAGUCUUCGAUAUGUUGUUCCUGCAGGGGUCAGAGGUCAUCUUCAAGGUGGCCAUGAGCCUGCUGGGGAGCCACAAGCCUCUUAUCCUGCAGCACGAGAGCCUGGAGUCCAUAGUGGACUUCAUCAAGACCACGCUGCCCAACCUGGGCCUGGUGCAGAUGGAGAAAACCAUCAACCAGGUGUGCCAGAUGGACGUGUCCAAGCAGCUCCAGGCAUACGAGGUGGAGUACCACGUCCUUCAGGACGAGCUGCUGGACACGCCCCCGAGCCUCACCCAACAGCAGCGCGCCGCCCAACUGGAGAGGACCAAUCAGAGCCUCCGUCAGCAGAACCUCGACCUGCUCGAGGAGCUCCAGGUGUCACACGCUCGAGUCUGCAGCCUGGAGAGCCGAGUGGAGGCCCUGGCCCAGUCGGAGGGCCGGCUCAGGGACCAGGUUUCCGCACUGGAGGGGGAGAAGAAGCAGCUAGCGAGCACCGUCACGCUCCUCCGGGACCUCCUCACCGACCUCGGCAUACACACCGCCCCCGACGGACGCACGCUCCCGCCGCCCCCUGGGAGAUGCGCAAUGACGGAAGACAGCGAGGGGCUGGGGAUCAGGACCGCGGACUCCCUCCCCCACCCUUAAAGGUCAAGCGGAGAAAGAGCUGUUUGUGGGAGGCCCAGGAGGAGAAGGUCGGGAGAGACAUUAAGAUGACUCCCUACCUCACCCUUUGUCCU